AGCGCGAGGCUUCGCGCGUGAGCCGCGCGGGCUGGGCCUGGCUACGGAGCUUUCCCCGCCGGCGAGUAGGUCGUCGUCGACGCCGGCUCCUGGCGGAGCGCGGGGAGGAGGGAGGUGUCCCUGUCAGCGGCGUAGUCGACGGCGGCCCCGGCCAUGGAAGAGACGCAGCCGCUUCCGCAGUCCGAGCUGCCGCUGUGCGACAGCCUUAUCAUCUGGCUGCAGACAUUCAAUACUGAUGCACCUUGUCAGGAUGUCACACAGCUGACUAAUGGAGUUGCCAUGGCACAAGUUCUUCAUCAAAUUGAUGUAGCUUGGUUCAAUGAAUCUUGGUUAAGCCGAAUUAAAGAGGAUAUUGGUGACAACUGGAGAAUAAAGGCUAGUAAUUUAAAGAAGGUACUUCAAGGAAUUAUGAGUUAUUACAGUGAGUUUUUGGGGCAGCAGAUUUCUGAAGAACUUAUCCCUGAUUUAAACCAAAUAAUUGAAUGUUCAGAUUCUGUGGAGCUUGGAAGAUUGCUCCAGCUUAUUUUAGGCUGUGCAGUCAACUGUGAAAAGAAGCAAGAACAUAUUCAAAAUAUAAUGACACUAGAAGAGUCUGUUCAACAUGUGGUCAUGACUGCUAUUCAAGAAUUGAUGAGUAAAGAAAUAUUGAGCUCUCCUACAAAUGAUGCUGUUGGAGAAUUAGAGCAACAGCUUAAAAGGGCCUUGGAAGAACUUCAAGAAGCACUAGCAGAAAAAGAAGAACUGAGGCAAAGAUGCCAAGAACUAGAUAUGCAGGUGACUGCACUUCAAGAUGAAAAGAAUUCAUUAGUUUCUGAGAAUGAGAUGAUGAAUGAAAAACUUGACCAGUUGGAUGGAUCUUUUGAUGACCCAAAUACAAUGGUUGCAAAAAAGUAUUUUCAUGCACAGUUACAACUAGAACAAUUACAGGAAGAAAACUUCAGGCUUGAAGCUGCAAAAGAUGAUUACCGUGUUCACUGUGAAGAACUUGAAAAGCAACUAAUUGAAUUUCAGCAUAGGAAUGAUGAACUGACUAGUCUUGCUGAAGAAACAAGAGCCCUGAAAGAUGAAAUAGAUGUUCUGAGGGCUACCUCUGAUAAAGCAAAUAAACUAGAGUCAACAGUCGAGAUAUAUCGUCAGAAGCUACAAGAUCUGAACGACCUUCGCAAGCAGGUGAAAACUUUACAAGAAACAAACAUGAUGUAUAUGCAUAAUACAGUCAGCUUAGAAGAAGAAUUAAAGAAGGCAAAUGCAGCACGUACGCAGUUAGAAACAUACAAGAGGCAGGUUCAGGAUCUUCACAAUAAACUUUCCUCUGAAUCCAAAAGGGCAGAUACACUAGCAUUUGAAAUGAAGCGGCUUGAAGAAAAACAUGAAGCUUUACUUAAGGAAAAAGAGAGACUAAUAGAACAACGUGAUACUCUGAAAGAAACAAAUGAAGAGCUUCGAUGUUCACAAGUACAACAAGAUCAUCUAAACCAAACAGAUGCAUCUGCUACAAAAAGUUAUGAGAAUCUUGCUGCUGAGAUUAUGCCAGUGGAAUAUAGGGAAGUGUUUAUUCGACUGCAACAUGAAAAUAAGAUGCUCCGCUUGCAACAGGAAGGCACUGAGAAUGAGCGUAUUGAGGAACUUCAGGAGCAGCUGGAACAGAAGCACCGCAAGAUGAAUGAACUGGAAACCGAGCAAAGGCUGAGCAAAGAGCGUAUCCGAGAGUUGCAGCAGCAGAUUGAGGACCUCCAGAAAUCUUUACAGGAACAAGGCUCCAGGUCUGAAGGAGAAAGUUCCAGCAAACUAAAGCAGAAGUUGGAAGCUCAUAUGGAAAAACUAACUGAGGUCCAGGAAGAAUUACAGAAGAAACAAGAGCUCAUUGAGGAUCUUCAGCCAGAUGUAAACCAGAAUGCACAAAAGAUCAAUGAACUUGAAGCUGCUCUUCAGAAGAAAGAUGAAGAUAUGAAAGCGAUGGAGGAGAGAUAUAAAAUGUACUUGGAGAAAGCAAGAAAUGUAAUAAAAACUUUAGAUCCCAAAUUAAAUCCAGCAUCAGCUGAAAUAAUGCUACUUAGAAAGCAGUUGGCAGAAAAAGAGAGAAGAAUUGAGAUUCUGGAGAGUGAAUGUAAGGUAGCAAAAUUCCGUGAUUAUGAAGAAAAACUCAUUGUUUCUGCCUGGUACAAUAAGAGCCUGGCAUUCCAGAAACUGGGCAUGGAGUCUAGGCUCGUGAGCGGCGGUGGCACUGGCCAAGACACUGGUGCGUGUACCCCCGCCCGGUCUUUCUUAGCGCAGCAGCGGCACAUCACCAGCACCCGAAGAAAUCUCUCUGUCAAAGUUCCUGCUACAACACCCGAUUAAACUACAAAAGAAAACAUAAACAGAA